AUGGAAAAUGGUGGGAGGAAUUGGGAGGAGAGGUUGGUGAAGGAGUAUUUUCAAGAAGCUGAAUGUGAACAGGUUUUGCAAAUUAGAACUCUUAAUCCAGAGGCUGAGGAUAGUCCAAAUAGAGAAGGCCAGCCUGACGAUCGACCGGAUCGACGUCUCAGACCGUCCGGCGUCCGGCGAUUCGGUGAUGGUAUUACUGUCGGCGGUUCUACAGAUCCAAUUUUUUCGGCUAUUACUCGGCAGAUCUCUCCGAGACUCCCGCGGCCAUCUCGCCGGAGUUUGGCAGAUCAGAAACCGAAUACACGGCCCGAAGCGGCGUUCCGUCGAGUUGCAGGGCGACGGGACUGUGGUGGCCGUGGCGAUUCUGUUGGUGGCGCUAGUUGCAAGGUGGCGACGACGUGCUCGAGUGGCUGGUUGCAGGGACUGGCUAUGCCGGCGGCGACGUCCUCGUCGACUGGCUGUGCCGGGGGUGGUGCAGCUGUGGAUGGAUCGUGGUCGUGUGUGUGUGUGUGUGUUUUCCCGACUGUGUGA